AUGUCGACUUCUGCAAGUACUUUUGCUGGAGAAAAAGUUUCUCUUCCCACAAUCAACGAAGUAAAAACAUGGAAUCUUCCUUUGCACAUCCCAAUUGUUGCAUCAAAUGAGGGAAUAUACGCAAGUGAUGCCUCACUCGUAACGCAAAGAGAGAAACCGUCACCGGGGCUUAUUCAAAUGAUCCAACGAAAUCACAUUGUUCCAAUUAGAAGUCCCGCCAUUUAUUUUGGUGAUGCAAAAGACGAUUAUAGCUUUGAGGUGUAUGUGAAGGAAAAGUCAGGAAAAACAUGGAAUGAGUUGUUAAACUCUAAAAGCAGUACGGUAGUAUUUUUUGAUGAAGAUGCUAGUGACCUUCCUACAUUAGCUACACCAGUAAAACUUACGCUGAAACACAUUGUUACAAUGCAUAGCAGGAAAGAAGGCAAUGAAGAAAUUAUUGGACUGCAGUUGUUUGAUGAAGAAUUUGAAGAAAUGAUGGACAAAAUUACUUCAAUCUUGGAAUUGCAGUCAAAGGUGAGCCAAAGAUUGAAGCUUUCACGGCUUCGAAAUACAAUGAAUUGUGACACUGGUGAUACACUUUUAGAACGACAAUUUCAAAUGGAGAUAUACGUUACCAUACUAUCAUUGCUACCUGCAAUCUAUUUCAUAAGCCCUAAUGGUGGAAAAAAGCUGUGUUCGGAUGGCUUUGUUGAUUUUCACAUAAACGGCAUAGAUGGAGAUUUAUCAUGGUUCAUAAAAUUACUUGUGGAAGGUCACGAUGCCAAACGCCAUUUUGAACGUUUUUAA